UAUCUCAGAGGGAAUUACCAUACUGGUGGAACUUUCAAAGUCCCACUCAAACCGGAAAAGCAUCAUGGUAGGGAGAACUGUGUCAUCAAUGAGUGGAGACAGGUGGGUUCCUGUGAAGGUCGUGAACCCAAGUGACAAGCCUGUAACACUGAGGAGGAACAUGAAGUUAGCUGAUGUUUCACCAUGUGUGGCACUUGAAGACUUCGAGCUCGGAGUGGACCAUGUCACCGACACAGAGCUAAAAGCACAAGGCCAAAGCGUAAGAGUAAGCACUGACCAUGUCCCUGAUACCUCUGUAACUACCACCCUUCAGGACAAGCUUGCUGGUCUUGGAUUGAACGAUAUAGACAUCAACUCUUGUGAAGUGUCCCUGUAUUGGAAGUACUGGACUGUGGCCUGGCCAAAGACUUUGUCCACCGGAUCCAUCUGACUGAUGAGCGCCCCUUCCGUCUAGCAUACCGCCGUGUCCCACCAAGCCAAUACCAGAAACUAAGAGAAGUCCUCUCUGAGAUGGAAGAGAAGAACAUCAUACGCAAGUCAUCAAGUGAGUGGGCUUCGCCAUUAGUACUGGUUUGGAAAAAAAAUGGAGAGCUACGCAUCUGUGUGGACUACCGGUGGCUUAAUGCACGCACAGUGAAGGAUGCCCACCCAGUACCCCACCAAGCUGACUGUUUGGCUGCGUUAGGGGUAAAUACCAUAUUCAGCGCCAUGGACUUGACAUCGGGGUUCUACAAUGUCCCCAUGCAUGAACAGGACAAGAAGUUUCACUACACCAGUAGGCCUCCAUGAGUUCAACCGACUACCCCAAGGCCUGUGCAACAGCCCGGCGAGUUUCAUGCGCCUCAUGAUGAGUGUCUUUGGAGACCAAAACUUCUUGACCCUGCUGUGCUACCUUGACGAUGUUUUGGUCUUUGCCCCAAAUGAAGAGGAAGCCCUGAACAGACUCGAAAUGGUCUUUAAGCGGUUGAGAGGACAUGGGCUUAAGUUGGCACCGAAGAAAUGCCAUUUCUUUAGGCGAAGCGUCAGGUUCUUGGGCCACAUCAUUAACGAGAACGGAGUUGCCACUGAUUCUGAAAAGAUACAAGUCAUCACAGACAUGAGUGAAGCGGAUUUGAUGAUGGAGGAUGGAGUCACACCUUCAGCAAAAAGGAUCAAGUCUUUCCUCGGUAUGAUAAUGUAUUACCAGAGAUUCAUACAAAACUGUUCCAGCAUGGCAAAGCCCCUGUUCUCCCUGACCGCCGCUGCCACUGGAAAGGCCAACGCAAAACGGGCUUCUCACUUCAAAAGGCUCAGCCCAGGUGAUUGGACUCAAGAACAGAGCAACUCAUUCAUCCAGACUUUGGUCGCCCUUUCAUUCUCUCAACCGACGCUUCAUUGGAUGGAUUGGGCGCUGUACUCUCUCAAGUCCCCGAAGGAGGGAGCAAGGCACGUCCCAUAGCCUUCGCAAGCAAGGCUCUGACUCGCCCUCAAAUGAAGUAUCCAGCUCAUCGGUUGGAGUUCCUCGCUCUCAAAUGGUCUGUGUGUGAUAAAUUCAGCCAUUGGUUAAAGGGACAUUCCUUCACCGUCUGGACCGACAAUAACCCGUUAACCUACAUCCUCACAAAGCCAAAGUUGGAUGCUUGUGAACAGCGGUGGGUGUCGAAGCUGGCUCCAUACGACUUCAGUAUUCAAUAUAUCCCAGGCAGCAAGAACAUCGUCGCGGAUGCCUUGAGUAGACAACCCUUUGUCAAGCCACGGGUCAGCGAGAGACUUAUAGCAGAGCCGUAUGGAGCUCUGCUGGAAGAAGCGCAGCAGAUCCGAGAUGACAGGAUACAGGAUGUGUUUCGGCUGAGCACCAACUGCCAAGAGGUCAAAAUGGGUGGAUCUGAAAUGGCAUGCAGUUCAAUGAGCAGUGAAGAAGUGACAGCCGUCCUGGAUGGUCAAGUUGAGUGGGUUGAGGGACCCAAAGGACGAGUGAUCUCCUGGCUGGCAAACAAUGUGCAUAAGCUCGUUCCACCAGGUGAAAGUGCCUUACCUGUCUUCUCCCUUAAAGAGCUCCAAGACAAGCAACAGGAAGACACUAUACUGGCAAGAGUCAUACACUACGUGUCACGUGGUAGUAGACCAUCGAGGAGAGAAAGAGUCAAAGAGCCUCUCAAAGUCCAGAAAACUCUAAAGCAGUGGGAAAAGCUCAAGAUGUUGGAUGGUAUCCUGUAUAGAGUGAUCAAAGACUCACUAACUGGGAGAAGGCGUUACCAGUAUGUCGUGGCUGCAUGACUGACCAAGCAGGCUCUGCAGGGUGUCCAUGAUGAGGCUGGGCACCAGGGACAGCACUGGACUCUAUAUCUUGCGAGGCAGAGGUUCUACUGGAUUGACAUGGAACGAGAUGUCCGUGAAUAUGUCAAGUCAUGCAAGCGCUGUGUGGUAAGCAAGACACCCGAACCUGAAGGGAGAGCGCCUCUCGAGAGCAUCAAAACAACAAGCCCUCUCGAGAUGGUCUGCAUUGACUUUUGGUCAGCCGAAAUCCCAAAUGGAAAAACUGUCGAUGUCCUGGUCAUCACUGACCAUUUCACAAAAAUGGCUCACGCUUUUCCAUGUCACGAUCAGUCAGCAAAGCAGGUUGCCCGUCAGCUCUGGGAUCGAUACUUCUGUGUCUACGGCUUCCCAGAGAGAAUUCACUCCGACCAAGGAGCCAACUUCGAGAGCCAGUUGAUCUGAGAGUUGCUGCUGAUUUCUGGUGUAAAGAAGUCGAGGACAACGGCUUAUCAUCCCAUGGGAAACGGUGUGGUUGAACGCUUCAACCGGACAUUGGGAAGCAUGAUCAGAGCUCUCCCUCCAAGAGCCAAGCAAAAAUGGCCCCAGAUGUUGCAGACGUUGACUUUCGCCUACAACUGCACUGCCCACGAGUCAACAGGCUACGCCCCGUUCUAUCUAAUGUAUGGGAGGAUCCCCAGACUCCCAGUUGACGUGAUGUUCCACAAUGUGGAGAGGGACUGUGACAUCGCUGACUAUGAUAAAUAUGUCCUUAAACUGAGGGAGGAGUUAAAAGAGGCAUUAUCAUCUGCUCAGGCCAAUGCUGUCACCAGUCAGCAGCACCAAACUGAACUGUACAACAAGAGGACCAAAGGUCAUGACAUCGCUGAGGGAGACCAAGUGCUCUUGUCAAACAAAUGUGAAAGGGGACGCAAGAAAUUGUCUGACAAAUGGGAGUCUAUCCCGUACAUGGUGGUCUCAAGAGAUCCUAGGUGUCAUACCUAUCGGAUAAGGAAUACAAGCAGUGGCCGUGAAAAGGUUGUGCAUCGCAAUCGCCUCCUGUGCGCAAACUUUCUUCCACUUGAGGUGGAAGAUGAAGAGGAUGUUGACGCAUCGUUCACUGAGUCAUCUGAGUCGAGCCAUGACGAGACACAAAGCCGCGUGUCAGAUGUGGCAACAGGUGAUGUCACAGAAGACAGGACAUCCAGUUGGGUUCUGGAUAGUGCUCCUGUUGUCCAAACAUGUCUUGACGAUGAUGAAGAGCUUGGAGACAUUGACCUGCGGGAAAGUGUUAGCCGGAGGUCAAUGAGUGUGUCAAGUGUGGUCGAUGAAACAGGCUGUAGCAACGACCCCCCAAGCACUGUGAUCAGUGUUGUCUCCCGUAUUAGAACAAGGGUGGGUAGGCUGGUGAAACCUGUAGAUAGACUCAUUCAGAACACUCAGGAAAAUACUAGCUUGAGUGAUGAACCUCUGUAAGCCAUCAAGUACCUUAAGACAAUUCUUUAAUCCAGUGUUUGGGUUGAACAUGUGUUAGAGUAGGAGUGAUAAAUAUUAGGUACUCCUUGUCUUUUUAAAGGUAUAUUUAAGUAUUACCUUUAUGAAGUAACGUGUAUGGUGGUGUAAAGGGCACCCUUUUUUGAAAGUGUACCCUGGAGGGUUGCGCAGCCCUCCUCGGCCAUUUUCUCAGUAAUAUGAGUAACUAAUGAGUUGCAUAACGUGAAUGUAUUGGAGUGUUCUGCUAAAGUCUUGAGGUAUUUUGGUGAAGUUCAGAGGGGAGUAUGUAGCCGAGCUAAAUUUAAUUUGAUUUUGUUUUAUUUUUUUAUCAUUGUUCAUACCUUUUUUUAUUGUGAACUCCACCAAAUAUUGGUUCCUAAGUAAGUUGGUUUCGUUGUUCCCUAUGGCAUGCCUUUUGUUUCCCUGGGGAGUGGUUUGGCGUUGCACCUGUGUGUCUAGCGUCAGUGAGCGCUGAUGCACGGAGCUGAGUGGAGAGUGAUAUCCCGGAUUGUGUGUGACGCCCGUGUUGUUUUGUCUCCUUUUGAAAGGUAUGCCUGUUAUGUGUCUUUGUUUAUGGUAUAAUAUGUAAAAUGAGUGUGAGAGGAAAAUGACAAUUCUCUAUUAUAUUUUAUUUCCUUUAUUAGUGUAUAUAUUUAAUAUACUGUCUUUUUAUUUAAUUAAUUUAUUUGAGAUCAUUUUAUGCUUUGUUUAAAUUUUUAUAAUUUAUUCCCUACAUGUAUUCUUUGAAAGUCACAGGCUAUAUUAAGCUAGCGUGAGUGAGCGCUGAUGCACGGAGCUGAGUGGAGAGUGAUAUCCCAGAUUGUGUGCGACGCCCGUGUUGUUUUGUCUCCUUUUGAAAGAAUAAACCUCCAGUACUCGACUCCUGUGUGUGCCUCACUCAAAGAUAAAAGACACAACGCAGAAAGACAUCGGUUACAUAUAUAUAUAUAUAUUAGAGCUGUCAAGCGAUUAAAAUAUUUAAUCGUGAUUAAUCGCAUUAAUGUCAUAGUUAACUCACGAUUAAUCGCAAAUUCUUUUUCUAUGCUAAAUAUCCCUUGAUUUUUUUUGUCCCAUAAUUCUUCUCAUUUUAAUUCUCUUAUCAACAUGGUGAAGUGCAUCGGCUUGCCUUGUGCAAAUGAUUUUUUAUUGAUAACAACAUUGGCAUAUACUGAUCAAAACAGGACGAUACAAAAAAAAGAGCCUAUAGUGCAAUUAAACGACUGCUUUGAACAAAUGUCAUUUGAACAUAGCA